GUCAUGUACUGGACAAAAGUCACGCUAUAGAGUGUCGUGUUGCGUAGUAGAGUGUCGAGGUGCAAUAUAGAUCCCAAGGUCGCGAGGCGUAGUAUAGGUGGACGCGAGGCGAAAUAGAGAGUCGCGAGGCGUAAUAGUGAGACGCGUAUGUAAUAAUAGAGAGAUGCGAGGCGUAAUAGAAGGACGCGAUGCGUAACAGAAGGACGCGUUGCGUGAUGGAAAGACGCGCAAACAAGGGCGACGCGGCGUGUAGGAAGAGGGGACGCGUACUUUCGCGCCAUUUGCCUUGGUUACCCGUGAAUAAAUUUCGAAUUUUUUCAAUUGACUGGCAAAUUAAUCAAGACAAAACACGAAAGAAAAAGUAAGUUUUUGUAGCAGCUGGGCUGACCGUUCUCUCUGAUUUUUUCUCUCCUGUUUUUUUAAUUUCUGCUGUAUUAUAGUUAUAUUCUGAUAAAUUGUGAGAAGUUGCUAAUUCAUAAGUAUGUGUAGUAGUGAAGGGAAGCAAUGUAGGGCAACGACGACAUUUGUCAACACAGGUAUAGCUGGCACCCCCCCCCCUCCUCAUAUAUAUUUUCUCAUUAAAAUUUGUAAUGGGCUAGCUAUACUAUUGCUAUAAAUAAUGGAUUAUAUUAUUUGCCCUAGCAACUUUUACUUCCUUUUUUCCUUCCCUUGUAUACACCACCAAUCAACCCCCCUCCCCCUGCAACGAGGAGGGUGCCGAUAAGCCGAAAAAUGUUAUUACACUGCUUGCAUGCUAUUCUGUUAUAAGCAAUGUGCUGUUUUUGUAUUAAUAUUGUGUUUUGUAUCACCAUGUGAUUACAAUGUUUUGAUAGGUAAACAGGGCAGCUUAUAAAACAGAACGUAGGACUACGACUGGUAGUUAAAUGGAACUGUGCGGUGCAUAUGCAUGUGUACAACAACACUGUCAACAGGUGUAUUGUAAUGAUGGCAAAUUUCUCAAGUUUUGGUUUUCUUCAAGUGACACUGCACCCAUUUUCAAGAAUUUUAAAUAAUGCAGCAAAUAUGUACAAUGUUCUUAUUCGAUUUUCCUUUAAGGAUAUUCUUAAGACAUUUUUAAAUUUUUGUCUUACUAUCGUGAAUAUUUAUCGGCAUGGUUGUAAUUUUCAAAACUUUCAAGCUAAAUUGUAUGUGAUGUUUUAGGAAUUAAAAAUUGAUUCAGCAUGCAGAAAGUGAGAGACGCUAUAGACAGACUGAAUAAUGCAUUGGAUGGUCUGUCAUCAUCAACAACAAGUACUCAAAAUAAUCCAAAUCAGAACAUCUUCCAGAGUCCAAACUCACAUCCAAGUCCAAACUUACAUCCAAGUCCACAACAUCAGAGAAUUCUACAAGAUUUCAAUAAGCAAUUUCCAGCGUUGAAUGCUGGUGGUAGCCGAUAUCGCCCACAAGCAAAGAAACCACGUCUCUCUAAUAACUUCAUUAAGGACACAUGGACCCAUAAAUUCUGUGCACUGAGCUACAAAGAUACAUCAGUUUCACCUAAUACACGUGAAUUAAUGGAGCUAAACCAAGUUGGUCUCGGAAUUGAAAAAGUUGUUUUUCCUUCCAAAACUGGAACACAUGCUAUGCUUCUGGAAGAGUUAAUGGGUAUUCUAGGCGUCUAAUGUUUCUGUCGUGCGGAUCAAGUAACAAGGCUACUGUAGUACUCGAUUUAUUUCUGACCGCAGUACAAAAUUUUGGCUUGCCGUCGCGUGUAAGAGGAGAUCAUGGGGUGGAAAAUGUAGACGUUGCUUGGUUUAUGAUAUCAAGACGAGGAAGUAAUCGUGGUAGCUUUAUCGCUGGGAAAAGUUGCCAUAACCAAAGGAUAGAGAGGUUCUGGAGAGAUCUAUUCCACGGCUGCACAUACAUAUACCACAACAUAUUCACUUACUUGGAAGAGAUAGGAGCCUUGGAUAUAUCGAAUGAGUUGCAUUUGUUUUGCCUUCAUUAUGUUUUUAUUCCAAGAAUAAAUGCACAUUUUCAAAGAUUUAUCCUGGGCUAUGAUCACCAUCCUAUCCGAACAGAGAGAAACCUUUCUCCUCUUCAAUUAUGGGAAAGAGGUUUGUUGUUGCAAAGGAGACCGUCAGAAGAUGAUAUUGUCGAUGACUGCGAUUCAUAUGGUAUAGAUUGGAGUGUACCGAGUCAUUAUAUCGAAACCCGUGACGAUGCUAUUGUGGUUCCCGAGAUAAAUCAUCCAUUUCAAAGUAAUGACUUAUACCUGGAAUUUUGUAGAUCUAACGAUCCAAUGGCAAAUUGCGAUAACUUCGGUAUCGAAGUGUUUCUUCGAACUGUUCAGGUCGUAGAAAGUACAUUGUUAUGAACACCACUAUUAGUUCACUCACAGAACUUUUGAUUGAAUUGCUUAACUUGACAUUAGUUACAUUAGAUACAUUACAAAGAAGAAAUUCAAACAUUUUGUUCACUAUAUACGUACUAGAUAUUAUGCUUAGGUAAAAUAAAGCUCCUUCAGUUCUUCUAACCACGCGAAAAAAUAGCCACAGCAGUAGUCAUUUAAUAAGUUCUUCCCGUGCCUAAUUAUAGAGCGCGCUCUUUUUUGUUUCCCCGUCCCAACGUCGAAAAGUUGUAUUAUGCCCUGAUCGAGGUUGUUAUUCUGCUUAUCAUAACUCCCCUCUAAUAGGCAUAUAAUAUACACGAGAGGUUAUGAUGAACUAGUAGCCCUUGUACACCAAGUAUGGAAUCUUUUUUUUUCAUUUUUUCCUUUUAAAGUAUUCAUGACAAGAAAAAAGUGAAGAUGUAUGUAAGCGUAGUUCUUUCUCUGACACGGAUCCUCCCAUCACACAUCUUAUUACGCUCCGACUUUACACGUAUUUCUAUUACGCCUCGCGUCCUUCUAUUACGCCUCGCGUCUCUCUAUUACGCCUCGCGUCUCUCUAUUACGCCUCGCGUCCUUCUAUUACGCCUCGCGUCUCUCUAUUACGCCUUGCGUCUCUCUAUUACGCCUCGCGUCCUUCUAUUACGCCUCGCGUCUCUCUAUUAUUACAUACGCGUCUCACUAUUACGCCUC